UACAAGGUGUUGAAAAUUUGGUCAACGCUGAUAUACCUAACCAUCCGUCUGCCGUCCACUCUCAUCUUAGACAAUAGAUAGCUAUGGCAAGCUGCUUUAGCUUCACAGCAUCACGAGACCGGUGUUUCAGAUACUCCUUCACCUUCACCGGCCUCAAAUCAACUACCCUCAACCUACAUGAAGGCGCCACCCUCAUCCACUGCUGGAUUCCCAAAACCCACAAACCCCACAAACCCAAUCUCCUCCUCAUCCAUGGAUUCGGUGCUAAUGCAAUGUGGCAAUACAACGACUUCAUCUCUCCGCUUGUCUCCAAAUUCAACGUAUACGUUCCGGAUCUAUUAUUCUUCGGAGACUCCCACACCACCCGACCCCAACGGACAGAACAAUUCCAGGCGGAGUGCCUUAUGGCAGCUAUGGAGGAUGUUGGUGUUGUUGGUAAGAUGCAGGUGAUGGGUCUGAGCUACGGUGGGUUUGUGGGGUACAGCAUGGCAUCGCAGUUCCCGGAGAAGGUGGAGAAGGUGAUCAUUGCUUGUUCAGGUGUAUGUUUGGAGGAGAGUGAUAUGGAUAAAGGGUUAGUUCGUGUGAAGAGUAUUGAAGAUGCUACCAGUAUUCUGUUGGCUCAGACACCGGAUAAGUUGAGGGAGUUGAUGCGGAUGGCCUUCUACAAGCCUCCCCAGAAUGUGCCUUCCUGCUUCCUAUCUGAUUUUAUUGAUGUAAUGAACACAGAGCAUGUUCAAGAACGAGGAGAAUUGAUCGAAGCCUUACAUAAGGGUCGAAAACUCUCUCAUCUUGCCCAGAUUACUCAGCCUACAUUGAUCAUCUGGGGAGAGCAUGAUCAGAUAUUCCCACUGGAAUUGGGUCACAGAUUAAAAAGACAUUUAGGUGAAAAUGCGGAACUGGUAAUCGUGAAGAAUUGUGGGCAUGCAAUCAACGCCGAGAAACCCAAAGAGCUCUACAAACACAUUAAAUCGUUCCUUAUUGUUCCAAAGUAGACAGACUGAAAAAGGGUUGGGUUGGGUUGGGCUCAUAUCCUUUACAAUUGUUCCUAUCGAAACUCAGUGAUAUAUUUACCAAGAUUGUAUGUUGCUUUGGUUCUACCGUUGAUGAUUAAUGCAAAUGGCAGAGGUCCCCAACUGUAUAGAUAAUUUAUGGUGGAAUUCUGAUUCUGAUUCUGAUUCAACUGAUUCUAUUUCAGAAAAGAAUACAAAAUCCCUAACUUAAUCAA